AUGUACUAUGCCAUUCAAGUAGGAAUCAAGAAACUGACAUCAAAGUACUUUACCAUUCAAGAAACCGGUAUUAAAGUAGUAUCCCAUUCAAAUAGGAAUGAGCAGCGAAAUGUAAACCGACAUCAAAGUACUAUCCCGUCAAGUAGGAAUGAAGUAGCAAAAUGUAAACCGACAUCAAAGUACUAUCUCAUUCAGGUGGGAAGCAAGCUUCUAGUGGUAGCAGCGAAACAAGAUAUUGCAAUGGUAUGGUCAACCUCUCGACCCGUUUGCCCAUUUUUUCUUCUUUUAAUGGAAUCUCAGGAGAGGAUCCUCGAUGUUUACCUUCCUCAUAUUGUUUACGAAUGCAUUGAUUGUCUACAUUUGUGCUUUGGCUAUAAUUUAGAAGCCCCUCAAUCGACGUCAUUUCUUGGAAAAGCGGGCAUAGUUGGUCUAGAGAAAGCUGUUGAGGUUUUAGAUACUUUGGGCAGCAGCAUGACGAAUUUGAACUCCGGUGGAUUUACAACUGGCGUGACCUCCAGAGGACAUAGAAUAACCAUACUAGCAUUUGAGGUUGCUAAUACCAUAGCCAAAGGCUCAAACUUAUUGCAGUCCCUAUCUGAAGAGAAUAUUCAGUUUCUGAAAAAGGAAGUUUUGAAUUCAGAAGGUGUUCGGAAGUUGGUUUCUACUGAUAUGGACGAGCUCCUCAGUAUUGCGGCUGCUGACAAAAGAGAAGAAUUUGAAGUCUUCUCUCGUGAGGUUAUCAGAUUCGGAAACUUGUGUAAAGACCCUCAAUGGCACAAUCUACAUAGAUAUUUUGUGAAGCUUGACUUGGAGCCUGAUGUUACUAAACAACUAAGGACCGAGGCUGAAAUGACAAUGCAAGAGUUAACAAGUCUAGCCCAGUAUACCUCUGAACUGUACCAUGAGUUCCAUGCUUUGGACAGAUUUGAGCAAGACUAUCAACGGAAGCUAGACGAAGUGGAUUCAUUGCACCUUCCUCGCAAAGGAGAGACUCUUGCAAUGCUACAAAGUGAACUAAAACAUCAACGCAAACUUGUGAGGAGUUUGAAAAAGAAAUCUCUUUGGUCUAAAAGUCUCGAACAGGUUGUGGAGAAGCUUGUUGACAUUGUUACAUUCAUUCAUCACGAAAUUCCUGAAGUAUUUGGAGACAAUGGUUUGUCACAAUCUGCAAAAGUUUCUACUAACCGAGCAGAAAGAUUAGGCGCUGCUGGUCUCGCUUUACAUUACGCUAACAUAAUUAAUCAAAUAGAUAACAUCGCUUCACGACCUACCUCACUUCCUCCAAAUAUGAGAGAUACAUUGUACAACGGUUUGCCGCCAGCUGUCAAGACUUCUUUACGCUCCCGAUUACAAACUGACACCAAGGAAGAGCUCACAGUACCUCAAAUCAAAGCCGAGAUGGAAAAGACUCUCCAGUGGCUCGUCCCAAUAGCUACAGACACAACCAAGGCACAUCAAGGGUUCGGAUGGGUCGGCGAAUGGGCCAACACCGGCAACGAAUUCGGCAAGAAAACGAGCACGCCACCCAACAAUAUCAUCCGCUUGCAAACUCUAUACCACGCGGACAGGCCCAAAGUAGAGGCCCACAUUCUCGAGCUCGUCACAUGGCUCCAUCGCCUAGUCAGCCUCGUAAGGUACCGAGACAAUGGGCUCCCGAAGCCUCUCCAUACACGUUCCCCGACUCAAAAGGGGUUAUUAACCGGCAUUUGGGCCAAGGCCCAAAAUAGCUCCCGAGCCCACAUCUCGUCAGAGGAUAGGAAUCUAUUGGAGGAUGUGAUGAAAAGGAGGAAACUUUUGCCGGGCCUUAGCAAAAGCCAGGAAUUCGGGCCUGCUAAGAAUAGUAAUAAAAAGAGUAAGAUUUGGGCUUUGAGUAAGAGCACCGGAAGCUCGCCAAGAAGAGGUACGAAGGCUCAGAAGGCUGAUGUGUUGGAUAUCUUGGACGGGUUAGAUUCGUCGUUUUCUAUUCCGACUAUAUAAGUUAUAUGUGUGUGUCUGUUUUAAUUAAUUCCAUUUAUUUUUCUUGAAUUUAGUUAUGAUGCGAAUCUCGGGUGGUAUUGUAUAUAGCCGUAAUCGUGCUUUGGGGGAAAUAUGAUAUAUGGUAUAAGUGUGAUUUUUUUUUUUUCCCUAUGUUGGGAAAUUUUUGUAAUCAAAUAGAUUUUGAAGGGGAGUUUAUGCUAGAAAUAGAUGGUAAAGGAUAGUUUUGCUUUGUCUUGAAUAUCUAUUUGAUGUAUCUUUGGAGAGUGGCCUGAAAACACCAAAAUAACGGAGAUUGUCACAUUCUUCAUGCAAGGAAUUGGAUCAAUGAUGGAUGAAAAUUUAUGGAACUUAGUUUAUAAUUGCAGUUGUUAAACGUAAUAAAACCGAGCGUAAACUCGCUGAAAGCGAGUUUAGUUGACGAGAUA